AUGACAACAUUGCCAUCUGCCGCGUCAACCAUGUCGACUUUGCCAAUUGAUGACAUGUCAAUAACUCAUUCAGGUGUUGUUGACAAUAGUCAACUGGGUAAUUGUGAUACUUUAAUGAAGAAAAAUCCAUCGACUGAUAUCGAUCAACAUCAUCUAGAACCAACUUAUCGCGCACAUGAGCAUGAUCCACGCCGAUUGGACUUAAAUAAUAGUCCUCAAGCAGUGGAAAAUGUAAAAGUGAAACGAUCGAAUUCCCUACCGACGAUUUUAUCUGAUCUAUCCGACUCAUCUUCAUCGUCCUUCAACCACCAAAGAUUAGUAGUAAGCUAUGCAGGUGACGGUCAUAAUGAACAGUUUCACUUGUCUUCAUCAUCGAUCGAUGAUAAGACAGCUGAUCAACCACCUUUUCCUUGCGAUCAAUGCUUGCUGAGACAAGAUGAGCAACUAAUCGAAUCUCAGCCACUUAAUGUCUCAAAUCAGGCAAGAAAUAUUAUUGUUCGACCGCAGUGGCUGAGCCGUUCCAGCGAAUCUCCAACUGGUUUCAUAGCCGGAUUAACUUCGGAGUCGACCAAAAACAACUUUGAAUCAAACUCUUUUCCAUAUACACCCGUUAUUGUGUUCAUAAAUAAACGUUCUGGUGGUCAACAAGGGAACAAAAUCUAUCGCGAACUAUUACGAGCACUCAAUCCACGUCAAGUAUUUCUUCUAGAAGACAAUGCGACUAUCACACAUGCCUUCAAUAUCUACUCGUCACUACCUAAUACGCGUUUUUGUAUAUGUGGUGGUGAUGGUACGGUCUGUUGGAUUCUUGGCCGCCUAGCCGAGGCUUAUCCAUCGAGAAAUAAUCCACCAGUGAGCAUUUGUCCUUUAGGAACGGGCAAUGAUCUUUCACGCGUAUUGGCUUGGGGCGAACAAUACGAUUCGAAACGUCUUUUUCAAACACUCUUACAAAUUCCGCAAGCUAAAGUUGUUGCACUUGACCGUUGGGAAGUCCAGCUCGAACAACUCGAUAUGCCGAUAUUGUCUUCAUCGACACAACAGAAUCGAAAAAGUAUAUUUCAAAUUGAUCGUAUACCUCAAUUGUUUGCCAAGCAUCCGAAAUUCGUUCUCGAAAAAAAUCGAGCCGCCUAUGAUAAAAAUCAUCAUAAGUUACCAAAUACACGCUUCAUCAAUUACAUGAGUUUUGGUUUAGACGCAGCCAUUACAUUAGAUUUUCAUGAUAAACGCACACGUGAUCCAUCGAAAUUUUCGUCACCGUGGAAAAAUAAGCUCAUGUAUUUGAAUAGAAGCUGCAAAUAUUUCAGUGAUUUUGCUCAAGCAAAUAUGUGGAAUCUCGGCUCUUAUAUUCGUUUAAUAUGCGAUGGACGUAAUCUAACUGAUGCUAUACGCGAUUGUCACACGUUAGUUGUACUCAACAUUUCAGGCUAUGCGUCCGGUACAAAUCCAUGGGGAAAGUCUUCAUCAAGAAGCUCAUUUAUCCUUCAGAGUGAUCGAUCGUCGAUUUCUCAAAGAGCUAGCAACUCUGCCAAUGACAGAUCGGUAAGUUCAGUCAAUGUAUUCGAUUCGUUAGUUGGUGCAUAUGUAGCUACUGAACCUGUUACACUGAAUGAAUGGGAUACACAUCAAAUGGGUAGUUCAUCAAUGACGACCACCUCAACUGAUUGUUUCGACCAACAAGAUUUCGGAGAUAAAAAAGUCGAAGUUGUCGGCUUAACUACUACACAUAUGGCUACGAUCCAUAUGGGUUUUAGUGGCAAACGGAUUGCUCAAUGUAAUCAAUUGCGUAUUGAACUUUGUAGCCCGAUGACAGCACAAAUGGAUGGUGAACCGUUCUACCUUCCCUCUUCAGUAGCUGUCAAUAUUAACCAUGCUGGUCAAGUACUUGUGUUAAAAAAUCAGAACGAAUAG